AGGGCAACCGCGGGUGAGAUAAGACCCGAGUUUAUCACCAAACCGCUAAAUAGGAUGCAAGCUUUGUUUUGCUGACGUGAUGGAGUUGCACAGAAAAUCUAUUCUUGUCUUCAUAUUUUGCUUAUUGCAAAAAUCCAGCUUGCAAGCUGGAUUUGAAGAGGUUGAACUGGAAAUACCAAGCAUUUUUCAAAUUUGCAAGAAACAACAAGAGCAGCUGGUUGCAACCAUUGAAAUAUUGACCAAGGAAAUUAAAGCAGGUGGUAAAAAGGUGGAUGAGCUGCUUGAGAAAAUGGACCGGUACGAGCAACGACUUCAGAAGAUUGAGGGCCAAAUUUCCUCCUCAAUAUCAAAAUCUGUUGAUAGUUUGAAAAAAUAUCAAAAUUCUAGUGCAACUGAAAUUUCGAAAAGGAUUUCGGAAUUAAAUGUUUAUGUGCCUGCGGUGAUCAAAGAGCAAUUUUCAAAUCUGUUCAAUGAAGUGGGAAUGUGCGACAAAGAACAAACAAUGCAGGAGAAGAUGGAAUCACAGCGUAAUAAGACUUUCUUGCAGCGUGGAAUAUCAGGCACAAUUUUCACGUCCGAGGAGAAAACAUAUUUUUUCAGUUACUCACCUGUGUUUAAAGACAAAAAUUUAAAGUUCAACUGGACCGAUGCGCUAAAGUGGUGUCAGUCGCACAACAUGAAAUUAGCUCUCUUUGAAACGGCUAGAGAAAAUUUGCAGGUAUCUCUACAACUCAAUCAACUCAUUUCUGAAAAUUUGGUGUAUUGGAUUCAAGGAAACAAGCAAGAUAUGCCUCAUGCUAAACCAACCAACUUGAAAUUCGCUGUUCACGAUUUUUUCCUGAAGCUUUCAAGCAAAAGCGGGAAAAAAGGCAAAGCAGUUGCACUUCCAGGUAAUGGGAAGUGCACCAACUUGACCCAGAGUGUUGAUGAGCAUUUUGCCCACGCUUGCAAUAUCUCCAUGCAUUUUUUGUGUCAACUGUGAGGGAGAAACAACGUUUUUGGAAUAAAAUAGUUUUUACUUCAAUUUAGUAGUUUUUAUU